AUGGAAUCACAAUCGUCAUCUAUGCCUUCUAUUCCGGGCCCAAUAGGCCUAUCUUCUUGGCUUGCUAUCAACUCAGAAAAGUUGAAGCCACCGGUGAAUAACAUGUGCUUAUACUCAGGGAAGGACUUUAUUUUGAUGGCCGUUGGAGGACCAAACACGAGGAAUGAUUAUCAUAGGGACAUGUUGCUGAAGAUCGUUGAGAACAAUGAUUUCCGCGACAUUGUAAUUCACGAAGGCGAAUCAUUUCUCCUACCAGGUAUGACAAGGGUUAUUUCACCUGGUUGUCCUUCAAACUCGGACAAUCUUGCGAGUACAUAUCACUUAUCUACACAUGUCUAUUUCACAGGAAACACGCCUCACUCUCCAAGAAGAUCAAAGGACACGAUAGGCCUGGUAAUGGAACGUGCUCGUCCAGCACAGAUGAUCGAUCGAAUUCGGUGGUAUUGUGAUAAUAAAGCGGCCCAUGGCGCAGUCCCUACAAUCAUCAGAGAGGAGGCAUUCUACUGCGCAGAUAUUGAAAUACACCUCAAAGAGGUUAUCGAUAACUGGAUGGAGGACGAGAAUAGCCGGAGGUGUGGCAGCUGUGGAGAGAUCGCUCCUGCUCAUUGA